AUGUUUGCGGAGUCAUCCGGAGAUGGUGGUUCAUCACCUCAACCGUAUGUGCCGACAAAAUAUAAUGAGAAACGCAUAGUAAGAGAAUGUAAAUCGUAUCGGAAUGUACGAAAAGUUUGUUACAUAUCAUUUUUUGAUGGCGUCAAAAAUGCUGACCCCAAAGAGUUUUCAUUUAUGGCGAUGUUAUUGCACGUAAAUGGUAAUGAACGUAAACCGAUUUGUGGCGGAUCAUUGAUUAGUAACAGAUAUGUUGUGAGCGCGGCAUCUUGUUUUUAUACUGCACACGAACCGAAUAUUGUACGUUUGGGAGAUCUUGAUUACAACACAUCUGAUGAUGAUGCUGCUCCUGUCGACUUUUCAAUUGCAUCAUAUAAAUUUCAUGAUGAGUUCGAUGAUGAUACCCUAUUUCAUAACAUUGCCUUGGUGAAACUAAAUGCAUCCGUACAGUUUAAUGAUUAUAUUGUACCUGCCUGUCUACCUCGAGCCGAUGGACGAGAUUUUAAAAAAAUCCUGGCAGCUGGAUGGGGUCCUGUAACGGAUAUCGGUAGACCGACUGGCCAUUUGAAAAAAAUUAGAUUGGAUAAGUUCAAUGAUGAUCUGUGUCUCAAUGAGACGACCAUCGCGAUCAAUACAACUAUACAAAUGUGCGCUGGAUCAUUUAACUACGAGGUCGGUACAUGUGCGGAGGAUGGGGGUGGGCCAUUAUUUGUCCAUCAUCCCGAUUAUAAUUGUUUGUUUUUGGUCCUGGGCAUUACAUCGCAUGGUGAGG